AUGGCUUCUCCAUUCUCUAUCAAAGCAUUAUCCUCUAACAAUAAUUCACCUUUCUUACUGAUUCUCGUACUCAUAUUUCCAUGCCUGAAACUAGCUGAAUCCCAAGCAAAACUGUGCAGAACAUCCUGCGGAGACAUACCCAUAAACUACCCUUUCGGCAUUGAUGAAGGCUGUGGCAACCCUUAUUACAAACACAUCCUUGUAUGCUCAAACUCUGGACAACUCGAGCUCAGGACCCCUUCAGGAAGAUAUCCAGUUACUAACAUCAGCUAUACGGAUCCUCACAUUCUGGUCACGGAUCCAUUCAUGUGGAAUUGCCAAGACCGUGACAAUUUUAGCCCCACAAGACCCUUUAGUAUUGACAUCAGCGCGCAUUUGAGAUUAUCCUCCCAGAAUUACUACCUUUUCUUCAACUGUAGUGAAAAUGAUGGAUGA